AGCAGGGGGCGUGGCCAAGAGCAGGAGGCGUGGGCAGACCAGUAGGCGUGGGCAGACCAGGAGGCGUGGCCAACAUCAACCCAGAGCAGAGAUACUGAAGUGAACUCAGACAGAGAACAGACGAGCAGCAACACCUGUCUGUCUGUUCCACUGUCUGUCUGUGGAUCUGGUCUCAUCUGGACUCAUCUGGACUCAUGUGGUCUUAUGGUCUUGGUCCGUGGUUCUUUUUCUGGGGAUGAACUGAAUCGUUUGUUUUCAUCUGUGCUCUUGGAUCUUCUCAGCGCCGUCGCUUUGUGAGGAAACACAGUUUAAAGGCGAUGAAGCGUCUGAGCAGCCUGAUGUCGAAGAAGUGGAAGGAGGAGAAGGAGCAGUGGGCGGGGAGGAGGAGGAGGAGCGAACCAUACGGAGGAGGACAGGAUGAAGAAGAGGAGGAGGGAGGAGGAGGAGGAGGAGGAGAGGCCGCUGGACAGCAGGGACAAACUGAUCCAGAUGCUGAGGAGGAAGUCCGAACCGCCAAUGGUGGACCUCCAGAGGACCGCCGAGGCCGUCAGGAGGCGGGACCUACUGGAGGAGGAGCGCAGGUUGAAGGGGCGGGGCAGGAGGAAGUCUGCGUCGUGGCUCCUGGUGGAGGGCGGGUCCAAAGGUGUGAGUGACCG